AUGGGCUCGCCCCCGAGGCCCCGUCGAGCCGUUGUCUCCGAGGCCCCACGCAGGCGGGCGUCGUCGAGGCGGCGGCAGGUGGCGCAGCCGGAAGCCGGGGUGGGGGCGGGUCGGGCGGGUCGCCCUCAUCCGGGCCGGGAGGAGAGGCGGCCGAACGGCCCCCGCCUUCCCGCCCGGGCCAUGCCGCGCUGGCUUCGGGGCUUCGUGCUGCCGGGGGUGGCCUGCCAGAAAGACGAAGAUGACUUAAGGUACGAGAUGCUUUUCCAAGACCUGGACAGCGACGGGGACGGGUUGGUGGACAUCGUCGAGCUCCAGGAGGGGCUGAAAAACUGGAGCUUAUCGUCCGGCCAGAACUCAGAGAAGCACAUUUUUGAAGCUGGAAAUACCAAUGAUGAUUCAGGAUUGGACUUUGAAGAAUUUAUGCAGUACCUUAAAGACCAUGAGAUAAAAAUGAGGCUGGCAUUUAAUAGUCUGGACAAAAAUAAUGAUGAUGUGUGAAUAAUAGAAACUUCAGAAAUAAUUGCUGCUUUGAAAUCACUGGGUAUGAAUAUUUAAGGUCAGGCAAAAAAAAUUCUACAAAGCAUCGAUAGUGAUGGAACAAUGACAAAAGACUGGGAUGAAUGGAAGUACUACUUUUUACUUCAUCCUGCAAAAAAUAUUGAUGAAAUUGCUCAUUUCUGGAAGCGCUCUACCAUAAUUGACAUAGGGGAGAGUAUAUCUAUUCCAGAUGAAUUUACUGAGCAAGAGAAGCGUUCUGGAGAUUGGUGGAGGCGUUUGGUGGCAGCAGAUAUAGCCGGGGCAGUUGCAAGGACAUGCACGGCACCUUUUGACCGCUUGAAAGUCAUGAUGCAGGUUCAUAGUUUAAAGUCAAGGAGACCAAGAUUGAUUGGUGGGUUUGAGCAGAUGGUAAAAGAAGGAGGAAUUCAUUCUCUUUGGUGGGGGAAUGGUGUAAAUGUUUUUAAAAUUGCACCUGAGACAACACUCAAGAUUGGGGCCUAUGAACAGUAUAAAAAAUGGCUUAGUUUUGAUGGUGCUAAAAUAGGAAUUAGUGAGAGAUUUGUAUCUGGCUCAUUGGCUGGUGCAACUGCCCAGACCUGUAUUUACCCCAUGGAGGUUCUAAAGACCAGAAUGAUUCUUGGUGAAACUGGACAGUAUUCUGGGAUUAUUGACUGUGGCAAGAAGCUUCUGAAACAAGAAGGUGUUAGAACCUUUUUCAAAGGUUAUAUUCCUAACUUUCUAGGUAUUCUACCUUAUACAGGCAUAGAUUUGGCUGUUUAUGAGCAUUUGAAGAAUUAUUGGCUAGAACAUUAUGCAACAAAUUCUGUAGACCCUGGGAUAAUAAUUUUGCUGGGAUGUAGUGCACUGUCUCACACUUGUGGUCAGAUAGCCAGCUUCCCUCUGAACCUUGUCAGAACUCGCAUGCAGGUUCAAGCACUGGAGGAAAAAGGAACAACAACUUCUAUGAUGCACCUCAUUCAAGAGAUACAUAACAAUGAAGGAAAAAAGGGAUUUUUCAGGGGUUUCACCCCAAACAUCAUAAAGGUGCUUCCUGCAGUAAUCAUCAGCUCUGCAGCUUAUGAAAAAGUGACACAACAUAUGGGAUUAAUUUAAAAGUGAAAUGUCAAAUUAGUGUCAUAACCAGAAUCACUUAAUUGUAAGAUAAUACCUGGGUGGUAAAGAGAAAUCUGUCCUUUUCUAAAAGGAAACACAUACCAAAUAAUUGUUAAAACAAUUUUUUAUUAUAAAUCUAUAAAUUAAAUAAUCAUUUUGGUAAAGUUCUUUAAUAAUUUAAAAUCCUCAAUAUCCACAGAAAUCUAUUUGUGUUUUCUACUACUCCAUUGAAUCCUAACUUUAAACUUGUUUUUAUUGGGUUUGGGUAUACAUACCAUGGUAUUUGGUUUUAACAUUUAUAUGUUUAUAUGUUCUACAUUUGGUAGAAGCUUGUGUUAACCUUUUUCUAUUUAAACAAUUGUUUGCAAAUCUGAGCUUGAAAAUAUUUUAUACACUUUAACAAAAAUCACUGCAUUUAGAAUUAAUGUUGCAGCAAAUGAUCAUGGUUUAUUUCUCUUUUUUAAGCCAAAAUGGAACAUUGGUUUCCUAAUUCCUUCAUAGUUCCUUCUAUCAGAUGGUAGAUGGAAUAAUAAUAACACAACAACAUAUUUCUGACUUCUCCAGCUAUUUUAUUUGUAAAUACAAACACUCUUCAUUCAUUUUUAUUCUUGAUAUUUUCAGCUGUUAUAAGGAGGUCAGUAUUGAGAACCGGUUGGCAUUGGACAAAUUUUCUUUUUACCUUCUGGUUGAAAAACAUUUGAGGGGAAGAAUUUUAAAGAUUAAAUCCAUUAUUUCAUACUUGUUGAAGCAAUUCUUAUUUUAGCUUACGAGUUGAUUGAGUCAACCCUGGAAAAUCCUGAAUACUUCUCCUUGCUUUUAUGGAACAACGAAUCCUGUUCCCUGCUGAAACUGAAUGAGAAUGCGGCAAGGGGCCGGUUGGCCACAACAAGCUUCGAAUGAAGAACUGCCUCACUAGACUGACUGAUCCAGGCUUGGAGACCUGGCCUUGCUGAUUCCAAAAUUUGACUUUAUUAAUUUCGUCAAGGUGAUCAGUUCCUUGGUGAUAGAUUAAUUAAAAUUACUCACGAGAUCUA